AUGAAACCGGUAAUUAGAUGCCCCGAUGGGUCCCCGGAGCGUAUGGAGGUACCCGCAGCAGGGAGCCGGCAGAUGAUGAUUGAGACCGGGACGACCCGGAGUAGGAGCCGGUGUCUGCCGCUCUUUCUCCUGCUCCUUCUCGGCGGCAGCUGCCACAUGUUGCACGGCCAAGAAUCAGAGGUGGCUCCCUACCUGAGAGGGGGUGGACCAGGGCAGCAGGUGAUGUUGGAGGGAAACAGGCUGGUGCUGACCUGCCUGGCAGGAGGCAGCUGGCCUCUGCAGUACCGUUGGACUCUCAACAGCAGCAACAUCACCGACUGGACACCACAGUACAGGCUGUCUGUCCCAUCUCUGAAGAGGACUGAUGCUGGCCUGUAUCAGUGUAUGGUGAGGAACAGGAUGGGAGCAGUAAUACACAGGAGAACAGAGGUGCAGGUGGCAUUUUUGGGGAGCUUCUCCUCUGAGGAGCAGAGAAAGACUGUGACUCAGGGCAGAGCAGCCAUCAUCGGCCUGCCUCCCCUCGCUUCUUUCCCCCGACCCCUAGUCACAUGGUUCAAAGAUGGACACAAGAUCAUCCCCAACAACCGAAUAGCAAUCACUACGGACAAUCAGCUGGUCGUCCUGGCAACCACUGCGACGGAUGCAGGACGUUACCAUGUCGAGGCGGUGAACGAGAUGACAGGAGAGAAUGUGACAAGUCCCGCCGUCUACCUGAGCAUCUCAGUUGGCAAGAAGAACCGUGGGUCAACAGAUCCUGAGUCAGAGCUUGUGGCGCCAACGAUUGUGAUUGGACCUAAAGACACAACAGUGGUAGCAGGGAGCGAGGCUACACUGGAGUGCAUCGCUAAUGCCAGACCGGUUGACAGCCUCAUGGUGUCAUGGAAACGCGAUGGGCGUCGGCUGGCCAGUGGGCGUCGGCUCAUUAUUCCUGCCCCCACCUCUUCUGACACAGGGCUAUAUGUUUGCGAAGCGUUACUUAGCAACAGCACUGCCAAACCUGUGGAGGCAAGGGCACACCUCACUGUAAUGGAACAACCCUCUCUGACUGCUCAGCCCAAGACGAAGAUCUUCGCUGAGCUUGACAGGAAUGUAGAUAUCCCCUGCCUCGCUACAGGCGUGCCCCAGCCCAGGAUAGAGUGGUAUAAGGACACAGUGCCUCUUUCCAAACUGGCCAACCCUCGCUAUAAGGUCAUCACAGCAACGGGGCUGACGGUACGCAGAGUGCAGCCAGGAGACGGAGGAAUAUUCCAGUGCUUUGCUCGCAACGCUGCCGGAGAGACCCAGGCACACACACAGCUCCAUGUGUCCAGUGUGGCCCCCACAUUUACAUUCCCUCCAUCUGACCAAACGGUAACUGAUGGCAACAAAGCCUUGUUUACCUGCCAGACGAGUGGAGCUCCAAAACCUGCCAUCACUUGGAGGAAAGGAUUGCAGGUCUUGGCCAGCGGCUCUGUCCAGGUUCCCGGGUUCACCCUGUUGCAGUCAGGUGGUUUGCAGAUUCAGCCGGUCAGCUUCCAGGAUUCAGGAGACUACACCUGCAUUGCCUCCAACUCAAAGGGAACCAUCAACACCACUGCUACACUCACCGUCUGGAGUCGUACAGUCAUUUCUGUGCCUCCAACAGACCAGCGUGUUAUCAAAGGAACCACUGCUAUUCUGGACUGUAAUGCUACACAUGACCCCAGAGUCAAUAUCAGCUUCACGUGGGAUCGUGGUGGUGUGCCAGUCCUUCCAACCAGUGGGGGCCGUGUUUCUGUCCGCCAGGGCUCUCUUACUAUUGGCCAGACAUGGUCAGGUGACAUUGGGGAUUACACCUGCACUGUAACAUCACAGGCUGGCAAUGACUUUCGCUCUGCACGCCUCGAAGUCAUUGAGCUACCGCAUUCUCCUCGCUCCCUGACGGCCCGUCUCAACGACUCUGACUCCCGUUCCGUCCUCCUUUCCUGGCUACGCCCCUUCGAUGGGAACUCCCCUCUUCUGUACUACCUGCUGGAGCUAUCUGAGAACAACUCUCCAUGGAAAGUUUACCUAUCAGAGGUCGAUCCUGCAGUGACUGAGGUAUCAGUGGGCGGGCUCACACCUGCCAGGACCUAUCAGUUCAGACUUUGUGCUGUCAAUCAAGUGGGCAGGGGUCAGUACAGCGCGGAGACGCAGAGAUUGAUGCUGAGGGAGGAGGCACCAAGUGCUCCUCCGAAGAAUAUCGUGGCUAGUGGGCGGACCAACCAGUCCAUCAUGGUCCAGUGGCAGCCUCCACCAGAACCCCAGCUCAACGGAGUCCUUCGAGGAUAUGUACUCAGGUACCGUCUGGCAGGGCUGCCAGGGGACUACCAGGAGAAGAACAUCAGCAGCCCAGAGACCAACUACUGUCUGCUGAAAGAUCUGAUCAUCUGGACACAAUACCAGAUCCAGGUGGCCGCCUACACCGGAGCCGGCCUGGGUGUCUACAGCAGUCCUGUCACUGAGUACACUCUGCAGGGAGUUCCCACAGCACCUCCGCAGGAAGUAGAGGUUAUAGCUAUCAAUUCAACCACCAUCCGCUUCACAUGGAACCCUCCACCUCAGCAGUUUAUUAAUGGCAUCAACCAGGGAUACAAGCUGCUGGUCUGGCCAGAGCAGUCUCCAGAGGACAUUAUAGUAGUAACCAUCACCCCGGACUACCCAGGGUCACGCCAUACAGGAUUAGUCAGCGGACUCAAGAAAUUUACCUGGUACUUUGGCACCACCCUUUGCUUCACAACACCUGGAGACGGGCCCCGCAGCCCACCCACCCUGCUGCAGACACAUGAGGACACACCUGGCCCCGUUCAUCACUUGACCUUCACUGAAAUCUUAGACACAUCACUCAGAGUCAGCUGGGCAGAGCCUGAAGACAAGAACGGCAUCAUUACUGGCUAUGUAUUGUGGUGGGAAGUGUCUGACAUAGAGUCGAGUCGUGAGGAACGUUCUCUGUCCAACUCCACCCUGCAGUACCAGCUGACCGGCCUCACCUCCACCACCCUGUACACACUACAGGUGGCAGCGCUCACUGCCGCAGGACGGGGCGUGGUGACAUCCUCCACCAUCUCCACCGGAGUCCCACCAGAACUUCCUGGAGCACCAUCUAACUUAGUCAUCUCCAACAUAAGCCCUCGGACAGCAACACUUCGGUUCCGCCCUGGUCCUGACGGAAAGACAGCAAUAUCACGAUGGAUUGUUGAAGGACAGGUACUAAAGGAGCAUGGAAAGGAGGAGGCUUGGAGAGUUGUCUACCAGAAAGACAACAAGCCAGAUGCAGACACACUGGAGAUCCCCGACCUCACUCCUUUCACUCAGUACCGGUUCAGGAUGCGUCAAGUGAAUAUUGUGGGGUCUAGUCCCAUGAGUGCCCCCUCCAGGCUGAUUCAAACCUUACAGGCAGCCCCCGACACGCACCCCUCUAACCUAACCCUGCUGUUAGCUACACAGACCAGCCUGCGCUUAGGCUGGAAGCCUCUCCCUGAGUCCGAGUACAACAGCAGCCCAGAGACUGUAGGCUACCGGCUGCGUGUGUGGAGGACAGACGGGCAAGGGGAGGACAGGACUGAGGAUCUAGACGGAUCAGGAGGGACCAGUGAGGCCACAAUAGAGGGUCUGAAUCCCUGGACCCAGUACCAGGUUCAGAUACAGGCCUACAAUUCCAUAGGACCUGGACCGUGGAGCAACACUGUCGCCGCAAACACUGCAGAAUCUGUUCCAUCUGGAUCUCCGAUGAAUAUGAAUAGUUCUCCAGCCUCCUGCCAUGCACUCCUCAUGACUGUUUCUGUUUUUAGACAUGUUUUGUAUAGUGAGAAGGACUCAGACGGCCCCCCCAGUGUUCAGGUGGCAAAAGGAGAGGGGAGUGUGUCGCUGCUCCUCAGGGUUCUCCAAAAAUACACAGUGUAUGUGCUGCAGGUGCUGGCGUACACACGGACGGGUGACGGCCCUCCCAGCAACCCCAUACUGCUCCGAACCAAAGAAGAUGUCCCAGGCCCCCCUGUCAGGAUGGUGUUUCCAGAAGUUCGAUUGUCGUCAGUCAGGGUGGUUUGGCAGCCACCCGCAAACCCCAACGGAAUCAUAUUAGGCUACCAGAUCUCCUACUGCCUCGACAGCAGGGACCCUCUGCGCUGGACCACGGUGGAGGUGGGCUCAAACGCUCGCCAGUUCACCGUCACAGGACUAUCCUCCGAGAAGACCUAUAUGUUCCGACUCACUGCUCGCACCGCCACGGGCUGGGGUGAAGAACAGGAAGCCCUGGUUAUUACCACUGAACGUAGAGAGCGUCCCCAGCCGCCCAGGAAGUUGUCUGUUCCUCAGGACGGGGUCGAAUCGUGCCGCCUCCGCCUCCACUGGGUGACCGGUGGCUCCGGCUCAUCUCCCCUGAGGUACUUCACUCUGCAGGUCAAACAGCUGCCCAACGGGGACUGGAACACACACAUCGCUGACAUCCCACACAACGUGACCGCCUGGACUGUGGACAGGUUAAAGCCCUUCACAUCAUACAAGUUUCGGAUGCUGGCCACGAACGAUGUAGGAGACAGCCUCCUCAGCAAAGAGACAGAGGCCGUUACAACUCUGCAGGAUGUGCCUGAUGAGCCUCCAGUGAUUCUCGCAGUGAAACCAACAACCACUACCUCAGUUCUGGUGCAAUGGAAGCGUCCCAGUGAUGACAGUAUUAAUGGGGUGUUGACUGGAUACAGGCUGUACUAUAGAGAACUUCCAGUAAACAACUCCACUUUCACUGAAGCAGAAAUCCAGACAACCAAAAACACCACCGCAGGUGCAAUCAUUACAAGUAAGAGCACCUUCAAGACAGUCAGCAGUGCCUCGCUAACAGAGUUUGAGUUGACACAGCUAAAGAAAUUCAAACGUUACCAGAUUGUUAUGACAAGCUACAACAUCAUCGGAGAGGGCCCACCCUCCACCCCAGUUGAGGUGUCUGUGGGAGAGGCAGCUCCAUCAGUGGCCCCCCAGUCCAUCAGAGUGUCAGCUGUGUCUCCCUCUAUCCUGGAAGUGACCUGGGACACCCCCCCCCUUGAGACCCAGAAUGGACUCAUCCAAGGAUACAAGAUCCACUACUGGGAGAGGGACAAGCAGAACCAGAGUGAAAAGGUGAAGGUGAUUUUUGUACCAGACACCCGUGUGCAUCUCACCAACCUGACCAGCUACAUGCCUUACCUGGUCACGCUGACAGCUUUCAACACGGCUGGAGAUGGACCGCCCAGUGACCCCCGCGGGGCUCGGACUCUGCAGUCUGCUCCCAGCCAGCCCAGCUACCUGUACUUCUCAGAGGUGACAGGAGGAAGUGUCAACGUGUCCUGGGGAGCUCCGCUCACUCCUAAUGGACAGCUGGAGGGCUACAGGGUCGUCUAUCAGCCCACGGCUCCCGUACAAGGAGUGAGUAAAGUUGUGACAGUGGACGUGAAGGGCAGCUGGCAGCGAUGGCUGAAGGUUCGGGACCUGGUCAAGGGAGCGACGUACACGUUCAGUGUUCAGGCUCUCACAGUCAGCCAUGGACCACCCAUACAGGCAAACAUCACUGCUCAGCCUGUGCAAGGCACCCCUGGGUCUCCUAUGGAAAUGUCCAUCACCAAGACAUCCUCUGCUCUCAAUAUCCACUGGUCAGAGGGAGAUAUCGGUGCAGCACCUGUGACUGGAUACGUUAUUGAGGCUCGCCCCUCAGACGAAGGGGUGUGGGAUUCCUUCAUCAGACCCCUCCCUCCCAGCAGCAGGUCUGUUUCAGUGCCGAUGGAGCGCCUGAGGUCGGGGAUCAGCUACGAGUUCAGAGUCAUCGCUGUAAAUCGCUAUGGUUACGGACAGCCGAGUACACCCUCCGCUUCUCUCGCUGCGCUUUCGGAGCGUCCGUUCUAUGAAGAGUGGUGGUUCCUGCUGGUCAUGGCUCUGGUUGGACUCAUCCUCAUUCUGGUCUUGGUCUUCACACUGCUGCUGCAUGGACACAGUACCAAGUACAAGGCCUGUGGCACAGGGAAGCACGUGUCCACAGCGGAGGAGUCUGUAACUCUGGACAACGGAGGCUUCACCGCUCUGGAGCUCAACAGUAGAACGCUCAACACCAAGAACUCCUUCCUGAAAAAGAACGGGACCAGGUCUCCUCCCAGGCCUAGUCCAGGUGGUCUUCACUACUCUGACGAGGACAUCUGUAACAAUUAUAAUGGAGCCGUGCUCACUGAGAGCACCACGCUCACUGAGAAACCCACUGAGGUCUCUGAGUCAGAGUUAACAGACAGUGACUACGAGGACGAGCAGCCAAAACACUCCUUCGUCAACCACUACAUGAGCGACCCCACCUACUACAACUCCUGGAAGCGGCAGCCAAAAGGCCUUAAAGGGAUCGGCACUCCUUUUGGCUACGAGGAGUGUGCCACCGCAGACGCGGAGCCCUACUACCAGACCGUGGUCACCCAGCACAGCACAGGCGGCGUGUACACACCCACAGGGCAGCCUGCGCACACACACGUCAACCCCAACACCAACCCGCCGGGAUCGCGCACCCCCGUGACGGGGUUCUCCUCAUUUGUUUGACUCUAGAGACAAAACCUGCACAAAAUGAUGCACACACGUACACAAAAUGAAGGAGGGGGGGCCGUUGCGUGUUUGGUGUUAAGCAGAAAGAGCUGAUGGCUUCAGAGGAGAGAGGAGGACAGGAUGAGGGGUCGUGUGACGGACUGGUGUCGAAACAACCCUUCAUGCCCCAAAGAACUAAACCUACAUUUCUCACUCGCCCUCUCCCCUCGUUCACAAAGAUCCUCACUGUGUCAACGAGUGUGUGUUGCUCUCCUACUCUUUUACGCCUCUGUGUCACAGUGCGUACACACACAGUUACUGUUCUUGUUUCCACAAAACACACACACACACACACACACACAUUCACACCGGCGGUAACACCAGAUAUUCAUGCCUAUUCCAGAGACUCUCCAACGAGAGCUGAGAGCUAAAUGAGUCAGUUUGUGUAAAUGUCAAGGAGAGAAUUCAACCUCGAACGGGUUGAACACUGAAUUUCUGCACAACGCUUCUUCUCUGUUUUCUGUAUCUACACAUAAGUGCACAAACUCACACACAUGCAUUCUCUUUCAGUAUCUCCCGCUGGGAGAGAGGAACUUAAAGGAUGAGAACUGAGAAAAGAUGGCACAGGAGGAAGCAGCUUUUGCUGACAGGCUGGUUCAUCCACACAAAAAACGGAGCCGUCAGAUUUAAAAGACCACCACACGGAGGAAAAGAAAAAAUACCAAUCGAUACUCAUCGCACUUGAUAAAGGAUGGGGAGAGAGUGUGGACGAGGGUUCUUCAGCACUUAAGGCAUUCUCAGUGAGAGUGUUGCAUGGAUUCUGAGAGCGAUCUGUGAUGUCUGUGUUGGAUAAUAUGAAAAACCAUGUUUUUUUACCGUCUACUGCCUGUUGUCAACGCUCCUUACACGACAGCCCCCAAGCCAUAAUGCUUGCACUGAGCCAGACCCCACACAUUUCAUCUUUAUUCUGCUGAAGUUUAAUUUUUUACAAGUUUGAGCGUGUGCGUGUUUGAGGGUGACACGUGUGUACAAGCAUGCGUGUAUAAAUGGCUGUAUGCCCUGUUCAUCCGUCUCUGUUGUUCACUGCUAAGCAAAGUGUGCCAUUGUAUGUAUGUUUGUAUUUUUAAGAUGGAUUUUGUACAGGGAAACCCUUUUUACUUGUGUGCUGUUGUAUGUAGUUCAGCCAUGUUUGUGUAAUUCCAAAGCAAAUAGUGAAACAGCACUGGAGGGAAGUCGCAGCUACAACGAUGGAUUAACAGGAAAAGGAGGAGGCAAAGUCAAGGUCAUUCAACAAGAAUCAUAAAAAAAUGAGCUGCAGUGAAUGAUUAUGGAACAAGAUUACGGGACAUUUUAGUGAGUCAUUCUUAUUCAAACCGAGCGUGGUUGAUAUUUGAACCACGCUAUCGAAACCCUGGCCUCAACUCCAGCAGCCAGGCCGACACACAUGUACUUUGAACUUCUCUUCAAGUGCAAACAAAAAUCAUCCGUAAGUUUUUGCUCCUGUAUGAUUUAAAGAUUCUCCGGCCAUCUAGCCGCCCUCCCAGCCCGCCAGCAGCCUCCCCCAUUCUGUCACGCUUGUUUUAAGUCCCAUACAGCGUGUGA